AUUAUGAUGCCUGCCUGUGAGGACGGGCUGCGAGCUUCUACCGCUGCUGCUGCAUCUGCUGCUGCUGCUGCGCACAAACGGUCUCUGUGCGGCUCGGAGCGCACGGAUUACCAUUCCGGGCACAACGCUGCCGCCGCUGCUGCUGCUGCUGGUCAAGAAACGGAGCCGGGUCGGUGGCAGACAGCGGUCCGGGGGGCAAAGCGGGGGGGACCAACGCCGCCUGCGACGGCAGAGAGCAGAGAGCUCUCUGUCAGUCUGGAUUAAAGUCGCUCCUGACUGAGCCGCUCGCGUCGCGCGGACUGGGGAGGGAAAAAAAAGACAACAACAAAAAAACAAAAAGCCUGCGAAAGCGAGACGAACAUCUGGUCGGACUGAGCGCAACACCAGCCACCCUGCGCCGUGUUUUAGAGCCGAAAAAAAAAGGCGUUUCUCCUCCUCUGGAUGCGCAGUGGAGGCGAUCCACACCGGGACCCCUCACGCAGUUUGCGCCCCCACCCUCCACCCUUCACCCUCUUCCCCCCCAGCAGCCCCCCUCUUUCUAAAAAUGAAGACAUUUUUUUCCCUUUUUUUCCCUGUGAGCGUUAUCUAAUGCGAGAGGAUCGCUCGGAAGGAGGAAUUGCCCUUUAUCCGCCGGGUAUGGAUUCCUUGAAGGGCAUCGCUCGCUCCGCAGGCCGCCGCACAUUAUAGGAGCCGAGGCGCGUGCUGCGGGAUAGCUGCCCGGAAUAAUCUCCGAGAGGCGCCGUCGGUCCCAUUUUCAGGCGAGCCUCCCCCCCCCUACACACACCACAACCCCCCCGGUAUGCCAGCACUGCUCCCGGGAGGAGAUCAGACCGCAGCCAGCCUCCUCUGACCGGGCUUCACGUCUCAUCUGGAAGGUCUGUUUACCUGAUUUCACGUAAAAUGGAGUCGUUCCUGGUCUACCUGAUCAUCCUGGGCAUGGCUGUGAAGGCGCACAAGGUCCAGAUCUGCCCCAAACGCUGCGUCUGCCAGAUGCUGAACCCCAACCUGGCGACACUGUGUGACAAAAAGGGGCUGCUGUUCGUGCCCCCCAACAUCGACAGGCACACGGUGGAGAUGCGGCUCGGCGACAACUUCGUCACCAGCAUUAAGCGCAAAGACUUUGCCAACAUGACCAAGCUGGUGGACCUGACCCUCUCUCGCAACACCAUCGGGUCCAUUGCACCGUAUGCCUUCAGGGACCUGGAGAACCUCCGCGCUCUUCACCUGGACAGCAACCGGCUGACCCGCAUCACCAAUGACACCUUCAGCGGCAUGUCCAAGCUGCACCACCUCAUUCUCAACAACAACCAGCUCACCCACAUCCACAGUGGGGCCUUCAACGACCUAACAGCGCUGGAAGAGCUGGACUUGUCCUACAACAACUUGGAAAGCGCCCCUUGGAUAGCCAUUCAGAGGAUGUCCAACCUUCAUACCCUCAACCUGGACCACAACAUGCUCAGCCUGAUUCCAGAGGGCACUUUCUCUGGGCUGCAGAAGCUUAAGAGGCUGGACGUAACCUCCAACAAGCUGCAGAAACUCCCUCCUGACCCCGUUUUCCAAAGAGCCGGGGUGCUGGCGACCUCCGGCAUAAUGGGGCCCUUGUCGUUCGCGUUGAGCUUCGGCGGCAACCCGUUGAGGUGCAACUGUGAGCUGCUGUGGCUGCGGAGGCUGCAGAGGGAGGAUGAUCUGGAGACCUGUGCUUCCCCGCAACACCUAGCAGGGCGUUAUUUCUGGACCGUUUCAGAGGAAGAGUUCCUGUGUGAGCCGCCUCUUAUCACCAGACACUCGCAGGAGCUGCAUGCUUUGGAGGGCCAGAGCGUGACUCUGCGCUGCAAAGCCAGGGGCGACCCGGACCCCAUCAUCCACUGGAUCGCGCCGGACGCACGGCUCAUGUCCAACUCCUCCAGAGCCGUGGUCCACACGGACGGCACGCUGGAGAUCCUCAUCAGCACCGUCAAGGACUCAGGUUCCUUCACCUGUGUGGCCUCCAACCCGGCCGGAGAGGCCCACCAGACGGUGGAUCUGCUCAUCGCUAAACUCCCUCACAUCACCAACGACACGAUCGCUGAGCAAGAGCCCGACCCCGGAUCGUCAGACAUCGCCACAGUGACCAAGACGGGGGCCGAGGCGGGAGGGGUGCCUCUGGGGAACGCCAAGACGAGCCAGGAGAAGAAGGUGGUGAUAGCCGAGGCCACCUCCACCUCGGCCCUGGUGAAGUUCAACUUCCACAGGAGCAUCCCUGGAAUCCGCAUGUUUCAGAUCCAGUACAACGGCACAUACGACGACUCGCUGGUGUACAGAAUGAUCCCCCCAACCAGCAAGAACAUUCUGGUGAACAACUUGGCGGCUGGUACGCAGUACGAUCUGUGCGUCCUGGCCAUCUACGACGACCAGGUCACCUCGCUGACCGCCACCAGGGUGAUAGGCUGCGUCCACUUCACCACCGAGCCGCAGUACCUGCGGUGCCACUUCAUGCAGUCGCAGUUCCUCGGCGGGACCAUCGUGGUCAUCAUUGGAGGGAUUAUCGUGGCGUCCGUGCUCGCCUUCAUCAUCUUCCUCAUUGUGCGUUACCGAGUGUGUAACCAAGGGGAUGCAGACAAGGCCCUGGAGAUGGGGGAUAUUCGAUCGCUGAGCAGCGAUGGACAGCUACAGGGCUGUGGCAUCCCCAAGUCCCUCUCUAAACAGGUUCUCCGUCCAGAGAAGAACGACAAGGAAUGCGUCAGAGUCGCCCUCCCGCCUCCAGAGCCAACCAAGCAACGACCUCCCGUGUCCGUGCCCAGCACAAAACCUUCUGUUCCUGACUGCACGGUGUCUACCUCUGCUGGCAGCCAUAGUUGGCACCCGGCUUCCCCAGGAGCGCCGAGGCCCAAGCGUUCCAGCGCUCCACCGAAACCCUCGGAGGGCCGGCGGGCUGAAGCUCAGACGGACAUUGAGCUCAACAACACGAACCGCAAUAACUCUUCAGAGGUCAAAACAGCCACUGCCGUCUCCACCGCUCCCCCAGGGCCCGGUCAACCCCAGAAAUGGACUACUGCUCCAAGAGUCCCGCGACCCCACCAAGCCUCCCGACAUUAUAUGACUGUCCCUGCAGGAGCGGUGAGAGUGAACCGCAGGCACUCGCUUAAUGCAGACUCGUCGUACAGCGAGCGCUGCUACGUAGCCUACCCCAAAGUCGGGGCCGGCCUGCGCUCCAAGCGCAGCCUGUCGAUGAGCGGAGAGCUUCCGCAGCUCAAGAGCACAACAAACAUUCAUCGAGCCAGGGACAAACUAUCCAGGUCUGAGUGGCUGCUGGAGAGCACUUUAUGAUUUCAACUUCACAACCUGUGCGUCCUCGGCUUUCCUCGGAUUGGGUUGGGAAGUCUGCUGUGGAACAUACUGAGAAUUUUCUUCCUUGUUUGGACAUUCCUCUGAGGGGAACGUGAGGAAGGCAGGCACACAGGGGGUCAAGGGAGAUUGUUCACAUUGUUUUUCUACCAUAUAACCUAUCAGAGUCUUCUUUAUAUCAACUUCAAUGAAAGGCACAACGAUGUAUAAAAACAAUGCCAUGUACAAAAAUGUUUAGUUCUGUGAGAUACCAUAUAUCUCAGUGCAACCAUAAGUGUUCAUGUGGUUGUGAAUGCAGUAACCUGAACAUACUGUAUAAUAAGGAGAGCAUCACACAGGGGGCUUGUGUGAUGGUAUUACACCGCCUCUAACCUGAGGUGACGGCAUCUCUGAAGACUUUGAACGUCGAGACUUUGCAAGAGAUUAGGAAUGUGCUUCACAUCCCGGAGAUGCGGGAACAGAAUGUAGUAGACAAGAGAGCGCUCCGGCUCCUCAUCCCAACACUCCCAGAUCCAGCACAAUGCAGCAGUUCUUUAUCCUGUGUUUUCCUUUCUUGUGGCACAAGUCGACUCAGCCCAAUACUGCCGUCCGGUUUGAAUCGAUACAUUUUUAUCUCGUAAUUACAUAAAGACUCCGCUCAAAUAGGAUUCCUGUCACGACUGAUUUGAGUGGCAACCUGAACCAUCUCCGGUGGCAUGACAGGUGCUGCAACUAAUCUGAUAUUACGUGUGGGUGAGAUCCAGAGGAACGGCUCAUUUCCAUAUUUUAUACUCGCAGACGUUUAUCUUGUCACGCCGACAACAACCAUUGUAAAUUAACUUUGUCGAUGCAAGAGAGAAAGGGAGAAUCAUGAGAACUGGAGGCCGACUGCUCUUGAUUUUGUUGUUGUUUCUGUUUGAUGUUUACCAGUACAAAUAAAUCAGUGA